GUCCCGAUGAAGGAGGCCGACGCCAUCAAGCUGUUCGUGGGGCAGAUUCCCCGGAAUCUGGAGGAGAAGGACCUCAAGCCCAUCUUCGAGCAGUUCGGCAAGAUCUACGAGCUGACCGUGAUUAAGGACAAGUACACCGGCAUGCACAAAGGAUGUGCGUUUCUGACGUACUGCGCGAGAGAGUCGGCGCUGAAGGCCCAGAGCGCGCUGCACGAGCAGAAGACACUGCCGGGGAUGAAUCGGCCGAUCCAGGUGAAGCCAGCUGACAGCGAGGGCAGAGGAGAGGACAGGAAGCUGUUCGUGGGCAUGCUGGGGAAGCAGCAGAGCGACGAGGACGUUAGGAGGCUGUUCGAGCCCUUCGGCAGCAUAGAUGAGUGCACUGUGCUGAGAGGACCUGACGGCACCAGCAAAGGCUGCGCCUUCGUGAAGUUCCAAGGACACGCCGAGGCCCAAGCUGCCAUCAACAGCCUGCACGGCAGCCGCACAAUGCCCGGCGCCUCGUCCAGCCUGGUGGUGAAGUUCGCCGACACGGAGAAGGAGCGAGGCCUCCGGAGGAUGCAGCAGGUCGCCUCCCAGCUCGGCAUCUUCAGCCCCAUGACCCUGAACUUCCCCGCCUACAACGCCUACACUCAGGCCGUCAACGCACAGGCAAGGCCAGAGGCGAGCCCUCAGCGACUCGUCCAGCAGCAGGCUCUGGUCGCUCAGUCGGCGUACUUGUCUCCCGUGGCAACGGUCGCCGCCGUGCAGAUGCAGCAGAUGGCGGCGCUCAACGCCAACGGGAUCAUCGCCACGCCCAUCACGCCCAUCACGCCGUCCUCGGGUACCAACACUCCGCCUACUAUUGCAGCCACACCUGUUCCAGCUCUGCCUCCACCAAUCGGAGUGAACGGCUACAGCAGCGUUGCAGCUCCCACCAACGGCCAGCAGACGGAAACACUAUACACCAACGGGGUCCACCCAUAUCAAGCUCAGAGUCCGGCAGCAGCCUUGGACCCUCUGCAGCAGGCCUACGCUGGCAUGCAGCACUACACAGCGGCGUACCCUGCUGCCUACGGAUUGGUCGGCCAGCCGUUCCCCCAGCAGCCCACGCUGGUUGCCCAGCAACACCAGCAGCCCCAGCAACAGCAGCAGAGAGAAGGUCCGGAGGGCUGCAACAUCUUCAUCUACCACCUGCCUCAGGAGUUCAGCGACUCCGAGAUGCUGCAGAUGUUCCUGCCCUUUGGCAAUGUCAUCUCGGCGAAGGUGUUUGUGGACCGAGCCACCAACCAGAGCAAGUGCUUCGGUUUCGUGAGUUUUGACAACCCGGCCAGCGCUCAGGCCGCCAUCCAGGCCAUGAACGGGUUCCAGAUCGGCAUGAAAAGACUGAAAGUGCAGCUGAAGCGGCCCAAAGACGCCAACCGCCCGUACUGAGCGCCGCCCGACAGGAGGAGCAGCGACUACAGAGAGGUGACCGAUCAGAGUCCAGCCGAGGUGGAAGCCCCAGGGUUCAUUGUGCUUUUCAGACUGUCUGCUACCUGUGAGCGUCCGCGGAGUGCAUCCAAACACACGACACACACUCAACACCUCAGAAUAUGUACAUAAACCGCACAAACACACACCUGCAAACACACACGAGUCCGUCAACCCACACAGCCGAGAACUUGUGGAACAGGGUGUUUUAGUAGAGCAACGACAACUCAGAGCGUCGAGCGGAGGCAGCCGAUGUAUCAGUGGGACGGACGGACCACGUCUGUCACAUGACCAAUAUAGAGGGACCGAUGUUUCAUAAUAAAAAACGGAAAAAAACAGAAAGAAAAUACAAAAACGAGUAGGUUUAGAGAGACUGGAGGAGAUCCUAAUGACCUGUACAUAGUUUAGUUUACAAAGAGCAGCAUUUAAAAAACGAGAAAAAAUGCAAAAAGAAUACUACUUUAGAUAAACACUGGACAGGACACAUCGACAUUAU